AUGGUGGAACCGGUUGGAUUUGUGGAUGCGUGGAAGGCUCAGUUCCCAGAGUCUGAUCCCCCUUCGAUGGAGCUGAACUCAAUGGGUGAGAUUGAGCAGGAACUGGACAAAUGCAAGUCAUCUAUCAAGCACUUUGAGAAGGAAGUAAACAAAGAGCGCUUUCGUAUGAUCUACCUGCAGACUUUACUGGCAAAGGAAAAGAAGUCUUAUGAUGGGCAGAGUGAAACUAAAGUCAUCAACAUCAGUGACAGGACCAUUGAGGAGGAUGCUAAUUUAACAUGGCCAAGGCGAUCCUACUCUCCUGGGAGUUUUGAAGAAGGCUACACGCCAGACUGUAGCUCCAAUGAGAACUUAACAUCCAGCGAGGAGGACUUUUCGUCGGGACAGUCCAGUCAUGUAUCCCCCAGUCCCACAACGGCAUACCCCAUGUACCACCGGGACAAGAGCCGCUCGCCUUCUCAGCAGUCGUUUGAGAGCAGCAGCCCGCCCACGCCGCUGUCACAGAAGAGGUUAAAGCAGCAGGUGUUGGUGGUGGGUUCUGGUGCCCACAAAACGGCACCGGCUUGGCCGAGUGAUGGGGAGUCCACUGCAUCCAGCCGGACGUCCCAUGACACCAGCCUCCAGGGAGAUAUGGAAGCUACCUUCAAUGACAGCUCUGGGUCCUAUGCCUUUGACCUGGAUCAGACCGAGGACCAAACCCAGGACUCGUUCAGUGGAUCCCCACCUCCAUCCCCUCGAUUCCGGUCUAAGAGCCGCAGCAGCCGAGACACACAGUCCAGCGGGUCUCUGGAGUCGGCUCUCUCGGACCUCCUGAAGCACACGCCCUCGUCCCACCCGGACCUCCCCUUGCUGCAGGACGCUCUCCGGAUCUCACAAAACUUUCUGUCCAGCGUCAACGAAGAGAUAACCCCACGUCGGCAAUCCAUGACCGUUAAGAAAGGAGAGGGUUUCACAUUCCUAAUCUCCUCUGAUUACGAAAGAGCCGAGUGGAGGGAGAUUAUUCGAGAACAACAGAAAAAAUACUUGUACUGCUCUCUGGAGGUGGAUUCAUUUGGAUAUUUUGUGAACAAGGCAAAGACCCGAGUGCAUCGAGACUCCACUGAACCCAACUGGAACGAGCUGGACCCGCAAACGUUACAAAACAAAGACUGGCAAAGAACUGUUAUUGCGAUGAAUGGGGUCCAAGUGUUGCUGUAUUUUCUGCAGCUUGAGGGAAUCCCGACUCCAGACAGCAAACGCCAGAGCCUGCUCUUCUCCACAGAAGUGUAA